AUGAGGUGGAUCUUCCACACCCUGCUCUACGUGACCAGCCUGGCUCCCCUGGAGGCCUUCAAUGUGGAUGUGUCCCGGCCAUGGGUGACCCCUGAGGAAAAACCUUACGUGCUCAGCUCCCUUCUCCACCAAGAUCCCAAUACCAACCAGACCUGGCUUCUGGUCGCCAGCCCUAGAAACAAAACCGGAGAAGGCCGUCUGCACCAAUGUUUCCUUCGAAAUGGUUCCAUCAAGUGCCGUUUAGUAGAGCAUGUCCACUCCCCAAAGGGGAGGCACCGGGGGGUGACAGUUGUCCGGAGCCAACAACGGGUUUUGGUGUGCAUUCAAAUGCUGAGAUGGCGGCCGCGCAGCGUCCUCUCUGAGCUCACGGGCAGAUGUAGCCUCCUGGGCCCAGACCUCCGGCUUCUGUUUCAGGUUGACUUCUCUGAGGCCACUGGAAAUCUCCUGAGUCCCAGUGCACCUUUGGAUGCUGGAGACUGCUCCAGGAGCAAAAGAAGCAGCAGAGAGAAGACAGCCAGGUGCCGCCGAUCUCCAAAGAAGGAGGAGGAAGAGGAAGAGGAGGAGGAGGAGGAAGAGGAGGAAGAGGAGGAGGAAGCUGGCACUGAAAUCGCCAUCAUUCUGGAUGGCUCAGGAAGCAUUGACGACAGUGACUUCCAGAGAGCCAAAAACUUCACCGCCGAAAUGAUGAAGAAGAUCUCUGAGACGUGCUUUGAGUGCAGCUUUGCCCUGGUGCAAUAUGGAGAUAAGAUCCAGACCGAAUUUGACCUUCAGGACAGCCAGGAUUUGAUGGCCUCCCUCAACAAAGUCCAGAACAUCAUUCAAGUAGGGGAAGUUACCAAGACGGCCUCCGCCAUGCAGCACGUCCUAGACAACAUCUUCACAACAAAACGUGGUUCUAAAGAGAAGGCAUCUAAGGUCAUGGUGGUGAUCACUGAUGGAGACAUUUUCCAAGACCCCCUCAACCUCACAACUGUCAUCAACUCCCCGAAGAUGGAAGGAGUUGAACGAUUUGCUAUCGGGGUCGGGGAAGCAUUUAACAAAAGUAAGGCUGCCCAGGAGCUGAAUCUGAUCGCCUCAGACCCCGAUGACACCCAUGCCUUCAAGGUGACGGACUACAAGGCGCUGGACGGGCUGCUGGGCAAACUGCAACAGAACAUCCUCCGUACGGAAGGCACGGUGGGAGAAGCCCUCCACUACCAGCUGGCACAGACUGGCUUCAGCGCCCGGAUCCUGAGUGAGAGGAAGGUGCUGCUGGGCGCCGUGGGAGCCUUUGACUGGUCAGGGGGCGCAUUCCUCUACGAUAUGCACAGCCAGCAGGGCCAAUUCCUGAACCAGACGGUGGCCGAGGCCAGGGCGGCGCCUUACAGCUACCUGGGCUACGAUGUGGCGGUACUGCACAAGGCCUGCAGCGUGUCCUACGUGGCGGGAGCUCCUCGAUACAAGCAGAGGGGGGCUGUGUUUGAGCUCCAGAGCGAAGGCGAAGAGACCAACUUCAUGCCGGUUCUGAAAGGAGAGCAGAUGGGAUCCUAUUUUGGCUCUGAGCUGUGCCCUGUGGACAUCGACAUGGAUGAGACCACGGACUUCUUGCUCGUAGCGGCUCCAUUUUACCACAUCCAUGGAGAUGAAGGCAGAGUCUAUGUGUAUCGUCUGAAUGAGCAAAAUGGUUCCUUCUCCUUGGCACACACACUGAGUGGGGACUCUGGGUUCGCUAAUGCCCGAUUUGGCUUUGCCAUGGCGACAGUGGGGGAUGUCAAUCAGGAUAAGCUCACAGAUGUGGCCAUCGGGGCCCCCCUGGAGGGCUUUGUGACAGAAGACGACAGCAACUUCGGCAGUGUGUACAUCUACAAUGGCCGCCGGAGUGGUUUCGCCUCCAGUCCCUCACAGAGGAUCAGAGCCUCGACCUUGUCUAUAAGGCUUCAUCACUUCGGGGUGUCCCUGGACGGGGGCUUAGACAUCACCGGCGACGGCCUUGCUGACAUCACCGUGGGCACUCUGGGCCGGGCGACUGUGCUGCGCUCAAGACCCGUGGUUUUCCUGAGGCCGUCCAUGACCUUCAUGCCCAAGGCACUGCCCAUCGGCUUCAAUGGCAACGUGACUGUGAACUUGUGUUUUGAAGCAACCACAGCUGCCGAGUCAGGUUUCGGAAAGACAUACCUGAACUUCACGUUGGACGUGGAUGUGGCAAAGCAGAGGAAGAGGUGGGAGUGUUCAGACAAGCAAGGGCGUCUGCCCCUCGGCCCGUGCGGAAGUGAGCCUUGUUUCUGUCAGCACCUCGAGCUCAUUCCCACAGAGGCAGAGCUCUGUGAGGAAGACUGCUUCUCCAGUAUCAGCAUCAAGGUCAGCUACCAACUGCACGCGCCCAGGGACCCAGGGGACAGUGCCCAGCCCAUCCUGGACCACUACACGGAGCCCUCUGCCAUCUUCCAGCUGCCCUACGAGAAGGACUGCAGGAAUAAACUCUACUGCAUCGCUGACUUACGGUUGACCUCCACCGUCUCUCCGCAGAAGUUGGUGGUGGGAAUCACAAAGGAGCUGGUCAUGAACAUCAGCCUAGUUAACUUUGGAGAAGACUCUUACAUGACAAGCAUGACUUUAAAUUACUCCAGAAACUUACAGUUUAAAAGGAUACAAAAGCCUCCUUCUCAUACCAUUCAGUGUGAUGACCCGAAGCCAGCUGCUUCCACCUUGGUCAUGAACUGCAAGAUUGCUCACCCCAUAUUCAAGAGGUCAUCUGCAAACAUUUCAGUGGUGUGGCAGCUAGAGGAGACCACCUUCCCAAGCAAGACAGCCAGCAUCACUGUGGCAGUCACCAAUUUCAAUGAAAAAAAGUCUUCGGCUAUGAACACUCACAGCCUUCCUGUCAAGCACGCUUUCAUUGCACUUCUUCCCAAACCAUCGGUGACGUACAUGAACACAAGCCUGCAGCUUUCUGAGACCAAAGAAUUCCUCUUCAACAUACAAGGGGAAAAUCGCUUUGGUGCCGAAUUCCAGCUGUGCAUCUGUAUUCCAACCAAAUUACGAGAUUUCCAGAUUCUAACAGUGAGGAAACUGACAACCACUCAGAGUAGCACGAACUGCACCAAAAAGAAGACGCGCUACUGUGGGAACAAAUCGGUUCAGCAUGUGGAAGAUUGGCUUUCAGUGUACUGUCGCAUCACCACGGCUAAGGAAAAUGUAACCGUGACUGCAGAGCUCUCCUUGCGCCAAGCUAAGCAGUUACUAACAGAUAUAACUGAACUGCAGAUCCUUGGUGAAAUAGCUUUUGACAAAGACCUGUUUGAGGGACACAACACAGAGAGCCACCAAACUAUGUUCACGGUCAUCUUUCUGAAAAAUGAGGUGUACCUUUCAUUGCUGCUCAUCAGUGGAAGCAGUGCUGGGGGCCUUCUGGUUUUGAUUGUGAUUAUCCUCCUCCUAAUCAAGCAGAUUGUGAGUUUCUUGCUGUAG